GACAAAAAUCGGUUGGCGCUCGGGCCCUCUUGCUUUGACAUCUACCCCUGCACCCUCUAUCUCACACUUGAUGUCAUCUCCCCUCGCAGCUCAUCUUAUGUGUACGACAUUCUCUCAAAUCUUCAUGCUCGGUAAAAUUCACAACACCAUGGAUAGCCACCGGCAAUGACGAGGUCGAUCAUCCAGCCUUUGUCCAGUCGGAAGAACUCAAGCCGAACUGCACCAAUGGGGAAGAGCCGUUGCAAAGCCGGUCCGACGACCCCAUACUUGGAGCGGUGAUUACCCCGGGUUUCCAAUGUAAAUACGGCGUCUUGAGCGGUAGCGCACUUCUUGAGAUGGCUAUGUGGGGCAAUUGAUGAACAUGUUACAGUAGACAAGGUUCUCCAGAUAUGGCAUGCGCCACUCGAAAUAGCGCAAUGCCCAUUGCUUGUAUAAAUCCUCCGGGGCAUCGUCCCUCGAUUUACAAUCACGCUCACUGCAUACGCCAGCCACCAUGCGCUUCUCUUCAGCUAUUGCGCUCGUCAGCUUAUUCUCUCGGUCGACCGUGGGAAGCCCACUCACCAGCAACGAGCUUACCAGUCGGGCUACAACGUUCAACAAUCCAGUCUUGUGGCAAGACUAUCCUGACCUCGACGUCUUCCGGAUAGGCGAUGUUUUCUACUACUCCUCCUCGACUUUCGCCUUUUCGCCAGGAGCUCCGGUCCUAAAGUCUUACGACCUGGUCAAUUGGACACCAGUAACUCAUAGCGUACCACGACUCAACUUCGGCUCCCUGUACGAUCUCGAUAACACAGCAGGCCACGCUUACGUCAAGGGCAUCUGGGCCAGCUCACUGAGAUACCGAAAGUCGACCGACAAGUUCAUCUGGAUUGGUUGUGUUCAAUCCACCGGCAAGUCGUACAUCUGGACUGCCGACGGGACCAAUGCAGCCGCCAACAAUGGCGAAGUAUCGAGCUGGAACUGGAAAGCUGCGGGCUCAUUCCCCAAAUGCUAUUACGAUAACGGAAUUUUCAUUGACGAUGAUGACACCAUGUACAUCGUGUACGACAAGUACCAGCUCAAGGUUGCCCAAUUGAACGCCGACGGCACAGCGGAAGUCAGGAGUCAACAAGUCUACGAAGAUCCAAAUGGCCUAUACCUCGAAGGUUCGCGCAUGUACAAGAUCAAUGGCACAUACUACAUCUUCGCUACCAAGCCUGCCGAUGACGAGUGGGUGUUGAAGUCAAAGAGUCCCUGGGGCCCAUACGAGGCGCGAGUCCUUGUCGACAGCAUCGCAGGACCUCUGCCCAACGCAGGCAAUAGCCACCAAGGUGGUGUGGUCGACACUAAAGAUGGGAACUGGUAUUAUGUUGCGUUUAUGGACUCAUACCCUGGCGGACGUAUCCCUGUUGCUGCGCCUUUGAAGUGGACGGCGGAUGGAUGGCCGGAAGUCGUGAAGGUGAAUGGCGCGUGGGGGAAGACAUAUCCUAUGCCAGUCACAACCGCCAAGACCGUCCCCCCACCCACCGGCCUGGAUAAGUUUACCGGAACAGCUUUGAGUGCGGAAUGGGAAUGGAACCACAACCCUGAUACCAGCAAGUGGAGCCUAGUAGGCGGGGCUGGUGGCAUCAAGUUACAGACUGCUUCUGUUACAAACGACCUCUACGCGGCGCGCAAUACGCUGACACACCGUAUCCUUGGCCCGAAGUCAUCGGGAACCUUCAAGAUCGACAUCAGCAAAAUGGCCACUGGCGACCGUGCUGGCGCUGUACUUUUCCGUGACACCGGAGCAUACAUUGGUAUACAUAAGGAAGGCUCUGUGGCGAAGUUGGUAAUGGUCAACGGCUUGGAAUUGAACGCAGACCGAACGACGAAGUCCACCGGUACUGUUGCUGCCACGGGGCCUAGUCUUGCUGCCGGCACGACUGACCUAUGGUUCCGCGUUCAGUCGGAUAUCACGCCAGCUUUCUCUAACACUAAUGCGGUGCGACAAACAACCUUCUGGUACAGCACUGAUGGCACCAAAUUCGUGCAGCUCGGUCCUGCAUACAAUAUGGCAAAUACCUGGCAAUUCUUCACGGGAUACCGAUUCGGUGUGUUCAACUUUGCGACAAGCAAGCUGGGUGGGGAGGUCCUGGUUAAGAACUUUGAGUUGAAGUUAGUGUAAACGCAAUUUGUAGUAUCACGACGAGGGGACACUUUCGAGAUUACAACCAGCCUACUUCACAAACCUCCACAAAAACAACAUCACUGCUGCAUCGUCGUCUGCAAUCUUA